GGAGGUUCGAGGAGAAGAAGGGUCGCAAGAGAAAGAAGGAAGAAGGAACCCUAACCACGUGAGUCACGUGAAGGGCAAGGAAGAAGAAGGUUCUGUGGAAAAGCUGGACCCUGGGCUGGAAGAGAGAACUGGGCUCAGAGGGCUGAAAUUAAAUGACUGUGGUGAGGCCCAUUUUAAUUCAGAAAAGGAGGUUGGGCAAGAUAGAUUUGGGUUUCAGACCGGGUCAAAAAAGUGGCAUAACCCUACCCAUGAGAUGGGAGAAACCCUAGUAGCCGUCAUUGGGAGGCUCCAUCUUAAUGACAACCUGCCUCCACCGUCCACCUUCUCAAUGUCCGCCGCCUUCCACCUAGGAAUCUGCAGUUGUCAUCAAUCGUCUGCCAUCACAGCCUGCCGCUGCCGUCAUCUGCCGUAUGCCGCCGGUGAAAACCAUCACCCACCGAAGUUCGUCACACCAAAGCCGCCAUCGUUUUUCGCACACCACGGCGCGCCAUCGUCUGCUGCCGCCACCAUCCGCCGUACGUCGUCGCCGUGGUACACCAUCGUCCACAGUUGUUUGUCACACACCACUGCCACCAUCGCACUCCGUCGGUCGCUCAUCCGUUAGAAUAAACAGUUCAUCUAGGGUUUGAGAUAGUUCUCUAUUUUUUGUUUGUGUUUAGUGUUUAAAAAAAAACAGAAAAAAAAGAAGUAAAUUUGUUUUUGUGUAUGCACACCUUGAGGACAAGGUGUCUUUGAAGGGCGGGGCAAUGUGAGAGUCCUAUUAGGGGUGAGUUUGUUAUAAAUAGGAGUAGGAGGGAGAGGAGAAGGAUAUCUUGGAGAAUUGUAUUUUGGUAAGGAACUUGAGAGAGUUUUUCGGGAGAGAGAUAAUCCUCUCGAAAGGCUAUCAGUUCUUGUUAGGUUUUUGUAUUCAGGUACCUAACACCUUGUUGGUUUCAAGAAGGCAUUGAUGAGUGUUGCCAACUUACUAAUUUUGUCAAUUCCAGUGAUUGGACUAUAAGCUGUAAGAGCUCCCUGUAGAAAUGCAUCCACUGGAUUUCAUGUCAUGUAGUUCCAUGAUUAGAAAUCUUUGUCUAAAUGCAAAACACCAAGAAGUUUUUUGCCUUUUUGUUCAAAAGUUCCAAUGCUCAUCAGGCUUUAAGCCUGAUAACCAUGUUUUUGCUGCUGUUUUCAAAUCAUGUGCUGCUCUUUCUGCCGUCAACGUGGGAAAGGCACUUCAAGGUUAUUUAGUGAAACAGGGGGAAUUGGCUUGCCAGUCUGUGUACAAAGGACUGCUGAACUUGUAUGCCAAAUGUGGUGUUUUUGAUGAUUGUUGGAAACUAUUUGAACAAUUGGAUCAUCGUGAUGUUGUUACCUGGAACAUAAUAUUAUCUGGGUAUUGUGGGUCUCAAGUACAUGAUACUGAGGCUAUGAGAUUGUUUGUUAAGAUGCAUUCGGAGGGGGAAGUGAAGCCAAGUGCUAUUACAAUUGCUACCAUUCUUCCGGUUUGUGCUCGCGUAGUGCAAGCUGGUGUUGGGAAGAGCAUACAUUCCCACAUAAUGAAAUCUGGAUUGGAAAGGGAUACUCUUGUUGGAAAUGCUCUCAUAUCGAUGUAUGCCAAAUCUGGGCAACUGCAAUACGAUGCAUAUGCUGCAUUUAACAGCAUUAUUCACAAAGAUGUUGUUUCAUGGAAUGCUAUAAUUUCUGCUUUAGCAGAGAAGAAUUUAUUGUUUGAUGUAUUACGAUUGUUCAAUCUGAUGCUGGAAGAACCAAUAGAACCAAAUUAUGUAACAAUUGCUAGUAUUUUACCUGUUUGUGCUUCCUUUGCUAAGAAUAUUUCGUACCGCUUUGGGAGAGAGAUCCAUGGUUAUGUACACCGCAGGACUAACUUGAUGGAAGAUAUUUCUGUCUGCAAUGCAUUGAUGAACCUUUAUUUGAGGGUUGGACAGAUGGAAGAAGCAGAGAUCUUGUUCCGGAACAUGAAGCAGAGAGACUUAGUUUCAUGGAAUACUAUCAUUUCUGGGUAUUCAUUAAAUGAUGAGUGGUUGGAAGCAGUAGAUCUCUUCUGCAAGUUUCUAAGCUUAGGGAUUGAGCCAGAUUCUGUAACAUUGAUUAGUGCUUUACCUUCUUGUGCAUACUCCCAAAACUUGCGAGUGGGGAAAAUGAUCCAUGGUUAUAUUCUUCGUCAUCCAAUCUUAAGAGAAGAUUCAGCAGUUGGAAAUGCUUUAGUUAGCUUCUAUGCCAAAUGUCAUGAUGUAAAAUCAGCAUUUGAAUCAUUUUCCUUGAUUUCUAGGAAAGAUUUGAUAUCGUGGAACUCAAUGCUCAAUGCUUUUGCCGAGCCCGGGCACGGUACUCGGUUCGUGCAUCUCCUUGACUGGAUGCUGCAAGAAAGGUUCAAACCUGAUUCUUUUACUAUCUUGAGUAUAAUCAGUUUUUGCGUCACAGUUUCAGGAGUAUGGAAAGUUAAGGAGACUCAUUGUUAUUCGGUUAGAGCUUGUUUGUUUGAAGGUGAUUCUAGUCCUACUACGGUCAAUGCUCUUCUUGAUGCAUAUUCGAAAUGUGGUAAUAUAGAUUAUGCGUUAAAGAUUUUUGAAAGCUCAUCAGGAAAAAGAAACUUGGUGACGUGCAAUUCAAUGAUUUCUUGCUAUGUUAACUGUAAGUCACCCAAUGAUGCACUUACGAUAUUUUCCGGGAUGACUGAAACUGAUCUUACAACCUGGAAUCUGAUGGUUCGGGUUUAUGCUGAAAACAAUUGUCCUGGUCAUGCUCUCAGCCUUUUCCGUAGGUUACAAACUGAGGGUAUGAAACCAGAUACAGUGACUAUUAUGAGCCUCCUUCCCAUAUGCAAUGAAAUGGCAUCAUUCCAUCUGUUGAAAGAAUGCCAUGGAUAUUCAAUCAGAUCAUGUUUUGAGGAUGGUUACUUAGAGGGAGCUUUACUCGACGCAUAUGCAAAAUGCGGAGUCCUAGGCUGUGCGUAUAAACUUUUCCAAUCAAGCUCUCAGAAGGACUUGGUUAUGUUCACGUCAAUGAUAAGUGGGUAUGCCAUGCACGGGAAGGGAGAGGAGGCACUCAAGGUUUUCAAUAACAUGCUCGAGUCUGGCGUAAAGCCAGACCACGUGGUCAUGACUGCUAUUUUAUCUGCUUGUAGUCAUACCGGUCUUGUAAAUCAAGGUUUAAACAUAUUUCAUUCUAUGGAAGAGGUUCACCAUAUGCAACCAACCAUGGAACACUAUGCUUGUGUAGUCGAUCUCCUCUCUCGGGGCGGCCGAAUCAACGACGCAUAUUCUUUUGCGAUCGGGAUGCCUGUCGAGCCUGAUGCUAACAUAUGGGGGACACUGUUGGGUGCCUGCAAGACCCACCAUGAAGUGGAGUUGGGGGUUCUUGUGGCAGAGCAUGUUUUUGAAAGUAAAAGUGAUGAUAUAGGAAAUUAUGUAGUUAUGUCAAACCUGUAUGCUGCAGAUUCAAAAUGGGAUGGGGUGCUGGAAGUAAGAAAGCUGAUGAGAGAGAAGGAUUUGAAAAAGCCACCUGGUUGCAGUUGGAUUGAAGUGGAAGGAAAGAAGAACUUUUUUUUAGCUGGAGAUUCCUUGCAUCCUCAAAGAAACAUCAUUUACAAUCUGUUGAAUACAUUGCAUCAGCAGAUUAAAAGGACAGUUGAUAUAACUUGAUUGGCAAUUAAAUUUUGAUGUGUUCUGAAAUGUUAUAUAUAUUUUGGGUCUCUAUUCAAUUUAUCAAUACAAAAGGU